AUGAAGUUCUUUUCUAGAGUCUACUGUAGUGCUGAUGUCGACUCGCUAGACGUACCAAGAGACAAGUUUGACAAGGACCUCACUAUCGACCAAGAGAAGAUCCACAUGAUAGCGCGGACAAUGAAAGAAACCGAUGUACCCGAAAUGAUAGCCUUGGCUAACGAAGUCGAGAAAAACCCCAAAUGGAGUCUCAUUCACGGCGACUCCGGUCCACCAAACAACCGGACUAGCUUCGCUGACCUAUUCGAGAAUCGGAGGAUCUUGGCGACGUUUGCGCCAUAUGAUGCACUGGAUAGCAUUGAUGAUGGCAAUCUGGUGUUACACGUCGAUAUUCUGGAUGAAUUCGAAAGUCCACAGGAGCUGUAUGAGCUAGAGUAG